CCGCGGCUCUACUGGCUCCGCUCUUCCCUCCGCCCGGCAGCUGAGCUUUCCCGCCCCGGCUGCAACCUCCGGUGCCACCGCCACUCUGUCUUCGCUGUGCACCCCUCGGAGCCCCAAGAUGCCCAACAUCGUGCUCUUCAGCGGCAGCUCGCACCAGGACCUGUCCCAGCGCGUGGCCGACCGGCUGGGCCUGGAGCUGGGCAAGGUGAUCACCAAGAAGUUCAGCAACCAGGAGACCAGUGUUGAGAUCGGUGAAAGCGUGAGAGGGGAAGAUGUCUACAUCAUCCAGAGUGGCUGUGGCGAGAUCAACGACAACCUGAUGGAGCUUCUCAUCAUGAUCAACGCCUGCAAGAUCGCGUCGUCGUCCAGGGUGACCGCGGUGAUCCCGUGCUUUCCGUACGCCCGACAAGAUAAAAAGGACAAGAGUCGUGCUCCAAUUUCUGCGAAACUUGUGGCCAAUAUGCUCUCGGUUGCUGGGGCAGACCACAUUAUCACCAUGGACCUGCAUGCCUCUCAGAUCCAGGGAUUCUUCGACAUCCCCGUGGAUAAUUUGUACGCGGAGCCUGCAGUCCUUCAGUGGAUCCGGGAGAACAUCCCUGAGUGGAGGAACUGUAUCAUCGUUUCCCCCGACGCGGGGGGCGCCAAAAGGGUCACGUCGAUUGCAGACAGGCUGAAUGUGGAAUUUGCCUUGAUUCACAAAGAAAGGAAGAAAGCGAAUGAAGUAGACCGGAUGGUUCUGGUGGGCGACGUGAAUGACCGCGUGGCUAUCCUGGUGGACGACAUGGCCGACACGUGUGGCACAAUCUGCCAUGCUGCAGACAAGCUGCUCUCGGCCGGAGCCACCAAAGUUUAUGCGAUCCUUACCCAUGGGAUCUUCUCUGGGCCAGCUAUUUCCAGAAUAAAUAAUGCCGCCUUUGAGGCCGUUGUUGUCACAAACACAAUUCCGCAGGAGGACAAAAUGAAUCACUGCUCCAAGAUCCAGGUUAUUGACAUUUCGAUGAUCUUGGCCGAGGCGAUCCGAAGGACCCACAACGGGGAGUCUGUGUCUUACCUGUUCAGCCACGUCCCGUUAUAAACCCAGGAUGGGAGUGUGGAGCAAGCCUGCUGGCUUCUGACUAGUGUGCAUUUAUCUGAUUUUUUUAGCUUUAGGACUCAGCAGUUAGAAUGCAAAAGCAUCAGAUCCUUGUAUACUCCAAGAUCCAUUCUUUCCCCCUUCUAUAGCUCAAGACCGUUUAGUUCCACUUUGCGGGGGGAGGGUGGCAGUUAUUUGAUCUGUGAACUGUCAUACAUGAGAAAUGUUUUUGUCAUCUUGACUUGUUCUGAUAGGUGACUGUUUCCUUUGUUCAGUACUUUGAGGCCACAACUUUCAAGUAUUUAAUUCCAUUGUGGAAAUUCAUAGUUUAUAUAUGUCAGGGUUGCCAAAGGUGACUUUAGAUAAAGCCUUCUAUAUAGAUAUAUAAUGAUAAUGCCUAUGGACAUUUGGGUAAAACCCUGUAUAGAAUGAGUCCUUUACUUCUAAGAAAACCUUAGAAAAUUUAUAAUAUCAUGAAUUUUUAUUAUUAUUAUUAUUGUUUUGAUUAUUGUGAUUCAUUUGGACCAAAUUUUAUAUAGUUUAAUAUGGCCACUGACAUAUUUUGGGGUAAAUAUUAGACAUAUCAGAGGCCAAAUAGUUCAGUAUUUUUUUAUUACCACUUCUGAAAAACAUAGCUAUCACCUACUUGAAAUGUCAUGUUCUAAAAUUCCAAAAUUAUGCUCAGCAAUAGAUCUGAUUUAGAAACCAUUUUGAGAGUCUCCACGCUCACUGUCACAUUCAUGCUCGCCUCUGUCCAUCCCAGAGGGACAGUUCUUUAGGCGCCUCUUGUCCUGUCUUCUUAUUUUAGGUCAUAUUUUUAGCUCUAGCUUUUAGAUUGCCUUUUUUCCAAUAAUUUUACGUUGUGGAUUUCCACCAAAACAAAACUCAAAGUCCCCUCCGCGUUCCUAAUCCGAUCAUAAUUUUGCUUUUGACAUAAAUAAAAAGGUGAAUUUUUGUGAGUGACACCAAAUGCAUAUUUAAACAUUUCAUUAGUUUUGAUUUAAUGUUCUUUGGCCUUUUGUAAUCAGAAGUAGCAAGCCUUCUGGGCACCUGAUUAUUUCAGCUAAAGCUAUUACAUGAAAAAUUUGAGUAAGAAAGGCCUAUGAAAAAAGUCCAAGUAAGUAAAUAUUAGUUCCUCCAUUAAAAAAUAUUCAAAUAGGGGCCCAAGUGCAAUCAUGGAGGGGAAGAUUGCUUUCUCCACAGGAUGGCCCUUGAUGACAUCCUCCUAGGUAAGGUGACCCCCUGACUCUGCAGCACAUUGGUAGCAACCAACUGACUUCUUUAGCCCUCAAAGAAGGGAGUUUGCCUGCACAGAAUAAUAAACUAUAGUCUCUUCUGCUGAAUCUUCAAACUUCAAGAGGAUAAAGCCUUUAAAUUCUGCAGGUGGAAACAUGAAAUCUAAGGCAUUAACAAAUACAGCAAUCUUGAAGGUUUCAAACUGCACUACAGCAGAGGUUGAAUCAAAGUUAAGUGAUUUUAGCCAUUGCAGAAACGAGCAUUUUGUUGUACCUUAAAGUGGGUUUUGAGAAAAAAAUGAUAUUACAGUCUGGUAAAGUCAGCUAUGCAAUACAGAUUGACUAUAUCUAGAAAGAGUUGGCUUGAAAUAAUUUAAAGAGCCUAUUCAGAUUCUGUGUAAUUUUAAUUUUUGAUAAAUGAAUGAUACCUGUAUUUCUUGGAAUUCUGUGCAUAGAGAAAUGAAAAUGUAGUUAUGAACACACAUAGGUAGACAGCUUGGCACACAAAGGCAGACAUGAUUAAAACCAGUUGAUUUAAAGUUAAUCAUUUCAUCUAAGACAGUAAACUAGAUAGCUAGUGUUAAAAUAAUGAUCUGAAGAUUUAAAAAGUUUUAAAAAUCUGUGUUGUCAUUCUCUGCAUUAAGAACUGAUUGUUCCUAACGUUAUUUAGCACCGCUUUUGUGUUUUAAAGUACUUAUAAUAUGUUUGUUAACUAAUUAGACUUGACUUAGCCAUACACACUGGCAGUGUAGACCUUAACCGUUGGAUGGUUUCAGUUCAGCAAAGAUGACGAAGGUGAGCUAAGAGCAGCCUCACCCCAGAGCUGGCACUCCCCUUUGCUGCUGGUGUGGAAACAUUGACGUGAAACCACCGAAUGCACGGGUCCUGUCCAGCUCUGCUGAAUGGAGGCCGACUUGGCGUAUAGGGAGCCAAAAAAAUGUGAAUUUACCAAAGUUGUUCAGGCUCCAACUUAACAUAUAUUAACCAACUUACAGAGAUUCAUAUUAGAACUGUCCUUUGUUUGAUAGGAAUUCAACUAGAUUCAGGACUAGAUCAUUUGCAGUGCUUGUAUUGGUUUAGAAUAUAAGAUUUUAAGAUUUUCCGACACUGUACUAAACAUUUCAAUAAAAUCAUGCUACUUCUUUCUUUCAUA